AUGGAGGAGAACCGGGAGCAAGAAGCAGACCCCGGCACUGCGCUGGCCGGCAUCCUCCAGGGGUUCCGCCUCUUCUGCAGCGGUCUGCGGAUGCUUUGGCGUGUGGUUUGCGUCCUGACCCCCUGGGCCACGGUCACGCUUCUGUUCCUCCUCCUGAUGGUGGCCGACAGGCUCCACGCCGAGGUCAACGAUUUCAUUGAGCGCCAGCGCCGUCGUCUCGAAGGGAUCCUGCCAGAAUCGAGCGACGAUAAGAAGGUGGACUGCGAGGGCUGCGGACUGGGCGCAUUCCUGGAGAGGGCCGUCGAAGCGCUGAACGGAAUGUUGGACCACGGCGCUGACGAAGGGCCGGAGCUGGCUUCGUUUGUCCGGGACCUCCGCACAGCACAGGGGGCGGGCAGCAUGUUCAACCUGGCGUUCUCGAACGCAAUUGGCAGGCUCCGUGUGCUGUCGAGGAAAACGGAGAAGGAGAGGGGGUGGGUGCGGGAGAUGGAGGAGCGGCUGACCGUCCUGUCUUCGGACAUUGCCGGGAACCCCGACGCCGUGGACGAUCUCCUGACUGAUGCGAAAGCAAUUUCGUCUUGGGUGGAAGCCUGGCAUCCAAAGCGAUUGGUGCACGGCAGUCUUCUUCUGUUUUCCCAUGAGAAUGGCGACCUCGACGAAGACGGCACCACCAACGUCCCCGCAAGUCCCAUCCAAGACGAGGGCGGCCGUGGCCCGCGCCUCGCCGACGUCGACACGGCGCCGGCCCAACCAUACGAGCCCCGCCGCACCCCCCGCGCUCGCAAUGCUAGCCAGCCUGCGUCCGGGGAAACACGACAACCUCGCGUGGGCCAAGAGAAAAGAGUGGGAGGGGCAUGGCAAGACCGGCACGCGCUUCUUGCCUUCCUCGUCCUUGCCACCGGUGCGGCGGCCAUCUGCGCUUGGUUCUGUCUCGGGUCCUCUGGCCAGGGGAACACCAAUAGGGGCGGCUGGGCCGGGGACUCACGCGUCAACAUUGCGAUAUCGAACCUGCACCCGGAGGACGUCGAGGUGGUCGCCGUUCCGUUCCCGAUCGGCGACGUCGUGGCCAUGGCCGAAUUGUACACCAAUGCGUCCUUCGACAUCCGCCUCCCCCGCCGCACCUCCAACAUCACUCUCCGGCUCGACGCGCCCGGUCUAGCUCGGGUCAACGUGGCAUCCUUUCUUCCCCAGGUCCACGUGGUCGUGGGGUAUGACGCGGGCUCCCGCAAGAAGGAAACAAGAACGAAUGUCGUCAAGGCCGAGCACGCGCCGUUCGUCGUCGAUAUGGCCAACACGACGCUCACGUUGGAUCUACUCGAGAGGCUCUGGCCGGUGAUGAUCCAUGCUACCACCGACCUUCUGGUCCUCGGCCUGGGGCGCGACCACGACGACUACUGCGCCUUGAGGGACGCCCUGCGGUCCCUUGCCAACCCCGAAAAGCCGGUGCUCAUCUCCCGCAGGCCCGGGCCAAGCCUUGUGCUCAUCGCCCUGACGAGUGCAAGGGGGCUCUGGCAGGAACUCUAUUCCAGAGCGGAGGCGUGGCCAGGCACCGCUCACCAGUGGCUCCACGCCUUUCGGGUGCGCAUGGAACAUGUUGAAAGGUACUGGCCAAGUCAAAAGCAGGGCAAGGGGGCGGGCGGCAGCGACACCUCGGCUCCGAUGCUCGGGUCCCCUCGACUUCCAUCGUCCACGCAACUCCUCCGACACGCCAGACGCCAGCACCCAGCGCACCAAACCCUCCCGGGACUCCUGGCCGGCUUACCGGUGUCCCGGGACGCGAUGGUAGGAGCAUACCAAACCAAGGCCUUCUUUGCUCGCGUGGCCCCUCAUCGAAAGGACGGCGCUCUUUUUUCAGGCCUGAAAGCAGACCACAAUCUCUUGUGUUCUUCUCGGAGGCUGCUGGAGGUGGUUGCCGUCGGCCGAUGCCCCGAGCAUACCUCGGAAGAGUCCGUCCUCCAGGACCGUCUGGCGUACUGGGCCCCAUUCGGCGGCAACACCGGAUGCAGCAGUGGCAGCUGCCUCCACAGCCUUCACGACGCCCUUUGCGACGCCCAAAUCUUCUUGUCGGCCUUCGCGGCCAAGGCGAAACAGGUAAAGGCCCGCGUGAAGGAGGCGGUCGAGGCGCGAGGCGGAUUCUCUCGGUCCGAGCGCGUCGCCGGCCACUACGGCAGGGACGGGAUCGUGAGGAGGGCCCGGACGCUCGACCGCGCCCUCGACACUCUCGACUCUCUCCUCUCCUCCUUGGCGAUCCAGCACCGCAUCCUGGCGGGCAUGGCGACGAGAAUGCUGCACCCCCGCGAGAGCGCCGCCCUCGUCAUGCUCGCCCGCAACUCGGAGCUGGACGAGGCCCGCGAGACCAUCCGGAACAUCGAGGCCCAGUUCAACCAGUGGUUCAACUACCCGGUCGUCUUCCUCAACAACGAGCCCUGGGACCCGGACUUCGUCCGCGAGCUCAACGCCUCGGUCAGCGGCGACGCCAUCUUCGACACCAUCCCCGCCGCGGACUGGUCCUACCCGGACGGCGUCGACCCCGCCGCCGCCCGCCAGUCCAUGGCCCGCCAGGCGGCCGCGGGCGUCUGGAACGGCGGCAAGGAGUCCUACCACCACAUGUGCCGCUUCUACUCGGGCGCCUUCUACACCCAGCCCGCCCUGGCCCCCUUCAAGUGGUACUGGCGCCUCGAGCCCGGCGUGCGCUACACCUGCGCCGUCACCUACGACCCCUUCGCCGCCAUGGCCCGCCACGGCAAGACCUACGGCUUCACCGUCGCCCUGUGGGAAGAGCCCAACACCUGCCCGACCCUCUUCCGCGACGUCGACGCCUUCCGCCGCGCCAACCACCUGCCCAAGUCCCCCUCCUGGAACGCCCUCCUCGACAUCCCCUUACCAUGGUACCUCCAACCCUACCCAAUCCGCAAGCUCGCCGGCCUGCUCCUCCGCAGCCCGCACACCAGCGCGGGCGGCGACCGCUGGAACCUGUGCCACUACUGGAGCAACUUCGAGAUCGCCUCGCUCGACCUCUUCCGCGGCGAGGCUUACCAGGCCCUCUUCCGCCACCUGGACGCCCGCGGGGGGUUCUACCACGAGCGCUGGGGCGACGCCCCCGUGCACUCGCUCGCUGUGCAUCUGCUGCUGCCCCCCGAGGAGCUGCACCAUUUUUCGGAUCUCGGCUACCACCACGAGCCGUUCUUUCAGUGCCCCGGGAAUGCGCCGGGCGCGGGCCAGCUGCCGGGGAAUGAGGCGCUCGCGGAGGGGGGGAGGGAUCCCGGUUGGUCGGCUGAGAGUGAGGGGGCGAUUGGGUGUCGCUGUAGGUGUCCGGAUCAGAGGCGGAGGAAUAAUAGGGCGAUUUGUUUGGAGAGGAUGGGGAGGCCGGCGGCGUUUCAUAGGACGAGUUGGUGGGACCGCUGGAGGGGGCGGUAUGCGUAUGCGAUUAAUGUGCCGGGGUGA